UCAUACUGAAUAGCAGGGGCAGAGGAGCGGAGGCGACGCGCCGUGUCCGGCUGCACCGAUCUCUACUCUCGCAAAAAAUACGGAUUUAAUGUGCGUGGAUUGUGUAUUUCACUGCUGAAUUUGAAGUGGGGGAUGUUCGGCUUCCCGUGGAAUACUUUUGUUACAACUUGCGCGCUUGUGUUUCUGUUAGCCUACAUUUGAGUUUUCUGUCCGCGCCUGUCUGUGGAUAUGGACAGAAGAGAGCGCGCUGCUGAAGGCAAGCCGGUCUGAUUUGGGGAAUCGGGGGGGUGGGAAACAUAUAGAAUUAAUGGAUGUUUGAUGAAGCCCUUUGCGCCUUAUUGUGCUUAUUUUCAGAGACUUGGAAUUAGAGACGAGGAACGAGGACCUUUGAGUUGUUUCUCUAACCAGACUCUCAGUUGUACUUUUAAAACGGUGCGUAAAACAUGGAAACGGUAACGCGACAGAGUUUCCAGCCUCACCCGGGACUGCAACAAACUCUCAAACAGUUCCACCUGAGUUCCAUGAGCUCUCUCGGAGGACCGGCCGCUUUUUCGGCCAGAUGGCAACACGAUCUGCUCUUCAAGAAGGACGGGAAAGACCUUCCGGAGUCCGUGCUGCACCCCCCGCCUAUGCAGCCUCCUCCGGUGAUGUCGGGGCCGCUCUUCAUCCCGUCCGACCGCUCCACCGAGAGGUGCGAGACGGUCCUGGAGGGCGAGACCAUCUCGUGCUUCGCGGUAGGCGGCGAGAAGCGCCUGUGCCUGCCGCAGAUUCUGAACACGGUGCUGCGGGACUUCUCGCUCCAGCAGAUCAACUCGGUGUGCGACGACCUGCACAUCUACUGCUCCCGGUGCACCGCCGACCAGCUAGAGAUCUUAAAAGUGAUGGGCAUCCUGCCGUUUUCCGCGCCGUCAUGCGGACUCAUCACCAAGACGGACGCGGAGCGCCUGUGCAACGCGCUCAUCUACGGGGGAACGUAUCCUCCACAGUGCAAGAAGCAUAUCUACGGCGGCUCCAUAGAGCUGGAACUCACCGAGAAGAGCUUCAAGAUCUACCACGAGUGCUUCGGGAAGUGUAAGGGGCUGUUCGUCCCAGAGCUCUACACGAGUCCCACCGCGCCCUGUAUCCAGUGCAUGGACUGCAGACUCAUGUACCCGACCCAUAAAUACGUGGUGCACAGUCACAAAUCGCUGGAGAACAGGACUUGCCAUUGGGGCUUUGACUCGGCCAACUGGAGGGCAUAUGUUCUUCUGAGUCCGGAUUACACGGGGAAAGAGGAGAAAGCGCGUCUGGAGCAGCUGCUUGAUGACAUUAAGGAGAAAUUUGAUUUCGCCAAUAAAUAUAAGCGGAAAGCAUCAAGGGCGUCUGAUCCCAUUCCUGCCAAGAAGUCCAAACACAAUGACUUUCCAGCACAGUUGCCCUCAGGAGACAAAGACAAGCAACCUGAUUGGCUACGGUCCCUGUCUGCAUCAGCCAAUAAGGGGAUCAACUGUAUCCAGCCCAGGCAGAGACCCUCUGCAUUCAGGCCAUGGUCUCCGAACAUCUCUGUAAGCGACAAGGAGGGAGUCAGCAGACAUGCGAACAUGUUACGUGACAGCAUCUACAACUACAAAAGUCUGGAGAGUGCCGUGGCCCCCAAUGUAGCUUUAACACCUCUCCAGAAAAGGGGACAGGCAUCUCCUUCUGCCCCCAGCACCUCACACCCGAAAGGGGCAGAGAGCGAAGGUGCCAGCCAUGGGAGGAAGAGGAAGCUGACUGGAGAGACGCACCUUAGCCCACAGCCCUGCCCCUCGGCCACGGCCAGCAAGCCCCUGCCGCUCCCUCAGGAGGAGCGGGAAUCAGACGUGGAGGUGGAAGUGGACAGCCGUGAAGAAUUGACAUCAUCACUUUCCUCCCUCUCCUCCCCAUCUUUUACAUCCUCGAGCUCUGCUAAAGACUUGAGCUCUCCCUCUGGCCCUGGUGCCCCCGUAUCAGCAGUGCUGACGCCAGCCAGUGGGGCCCCUGAAGGCCCCCUGGUGUCUGGUGUGGAGGGGCACGCCAUGAUGAACCUGGAGUCAGAGCUGGAGACGCUAAGACAGGCACUGGACAGCGGCCUGGACUCAAAAGAGUCAAAGGAGAAGUUUCUGCAUGAAAUAGUGAAGAUGAGGGUUAAACAGGAAGAGAAGCUUGGAUCCGCCCUGCAGGCCAAACGGAGCCUCCAGCAGGAGCUGGAGUUUUUACGUGUUGCUAAGAAAGAGAAGCUACGCGAGGCGACCGAGGCAAAGAGAAACCUGCGGAAGGAGAUUGAACGUCUGCGUGCCGAAUGCGAGAGGAAAAUGAGGGAGGCCAACGAGUCACGUAUACGGCUGAAGAGAGAACUUGAGCAGGCCAGACAGUUGCGAGUGUGCGACAAGGGCUGUGAAGCUGGCCGCCUGCGAGCCAAGUACUCCACUCAGAUUGAGGACCUGCAGGUUAAGCUGCAGCAUGCAGAAACCGACCGAGAGCAGCUGAGAGCCGAACUGAUGCAGGAACGGGACGCACGGGAGCACCUGGAAAGAGUGGUAAAGGAGCUACAGGAACAACUCUGGCCUAAAAGCUCCAGCAAGAAUGGCACAGAUGCAGCACCCCCACCUGCCAAAGACUCCAACAACUAACCUUGUCUUUAUCUCUUGACCCCGCCCAAUCCACAUCAACACCGCCCUGAUCAACAGCACCUACCGCCCAAUCACGUCAACCAGCAUGCGGGUAAGCACCACCCAUCUGCUCCAAGCCAGCACAAAAUUGGAGCCAAUCGGAGGUAUCCUGAACUUAACACAUAAAAAAUGUGUUGCUCUAAGAGCACUGAAAUGCACCUCGUCUCCAAUCGAAAAUAACAAGUAUAAAAUGCAAAAAGUCGAUUAUGGAAAGGAAGAAUACAAUAGCACAAAUGCUAACUGUGCCUGAAACUGAAUAUGUUUUAAAACAAAGACUUUUCUACGACAUAAAAUUCCAUAAAUUGGUGAUAGCGGUUAAACAUUUUACACAGCAGUUUUUAAGAUGACCUUUAAAGGAUGCUCUCUGCCCUAUGUUGUUGUCUGAGAGAAAAGGACUCGUCAUCCCAUCUGAAAUUCCUGUUUCCUUUUGUCCCCUCACUCGCCUUGGGGAAGUACGUUACAAAAAAAUUAACUUUGUAAUAAGCUAUUUAAGAGACUUCAUAGUGAGUGCGUAUGAAACUAAAAAACUUUCUUCUGCAAACUAUCAGAGCCUCAAAUUUCUCUUCUUUUACAAGUCAAGAAAAAGAAAAAAGAAUUCUCUCUUAUGUCAUGCUGGUUAAAGAAGCCAUUGUUUGAUAUGGAGACAAAUAGUUACACAAAACCACACACUUAUCUAUGUAAGAGAAAUACUGGGUAGGAGAAUGCUGAAGGGCCAAGGAGUAAUUUUUCGGGGAGAGAUAUUUGUAUUCAAGUGAGUGUUAUGAUCAAGCUAUGAGCACUUUCUUUAAAUGACUAACAAAUUCUCCCCCUCACAAGCUAUAGUGUGUGUGUGUACAGACGACUAGACAGAUACGCCACGCACAUUAACACACAUGUGCACACCCAAACAUAAACACAUGCUUGAUGUUACUGUUUGUGUGCGUUGUGGGUCAUUUAAUGAGUUUGGGGUCUGUGUGGCAUUGGCGGUUUGUGGCUCUGUAAGGGUUGUGAGGGUUUGGGUUUGUUCUUGCUAUGACCACAGCUCAAACACAAACACUCAUACAGUGCUUAUCUGUGGGCUUAGGUGAUGAGAAUUGGCCCGGCUCAAGAUCAUGGAUAAAAA